CCUAGAUGUUUCCACUUCACAAACACAGGACUUACAGUUGACUGGGACGUCUCUAGCAGAACAGAAAUUUUACAAACUGGCAUCCCAUCCCAAGUCAUUGAGCUCUUCAGUAGAACCCAUUCUACUGUCAUUGUUUGUCUAUGGAAAUUGCGUGGCUGUGUGCUUGAUUUUGUGCACUUGUUAGCAAUGGGUGUUGCUGAAGUAGCCGCACCCAUUAGAUACAGUGUCGAACGAAGAGGGACUAAAACAAGGAAUAAAACUCAACAAAAGAACGGAGUUAGCUAAUUUGGGUUAAACCCCACUUGCAAUCUAAACUGGUCUGAUGUGUUCCAGUCUCCUGAGGUAGGGGGCGCUGUUUCUAAAAUGAGUCUCUCAGGGGAGCCAGAGACCAAAAAGGGAACCCUCAGCACUGAGAGGAAAAGGGCCCAAGUAGAAAGAGCAGGGUCAUCUUUACCCAGCUGUCUGUCUAUGAAGAGUGAUCAUUCAAUGGAUCAACCAGUCACGUUCAGCAAACAAUUCACAGGUGAUCAAAUGGCCCAAGUAGAAAGAGCAGGGUCAUCUUUACCCAGCUGUCUGUCUAUGAAGAGUGAUCAUUCAAUGGAUCAACCUGUCACGUUCAGCAAACAAUUCACAGGUGAUCAAAUGGCCCAAGUAGAAAGAGCAGGGUCAUCUUUACCCAGCUGUCUAUCUAUGAAGAGUGAUCAUUCAAUGGAUCAACCAGUCACGUUCAGCAAACAGUUCACAGGUGAUCAAAUGGCCCAAGUAGAAAGAGCAGGGUCAUCUUUACCCAGCUGUCUGUCUAUGAAGAGUGAUCAUUCAAUGGAUCAACCUGUCACGUUCAGCAAACAAUUCACAGGUGAUCAAAUGGCCCAAGUAGAAAGAGCAGGGUCAUCUUUACCCAGCUGUCUAUCUAUGAAGAGUGAUCAUUCAAUGGAUCAACCAGUCACGUUCAGCAAACAGUUCACAGGUGAUCAAAUGGUAGAGCAGUCACUGGAGUACAGCUCUUCAGAAGAGUUGAGUUCAGAGAAAUCAUCUUUCCCAAAACAGUCUCUUCUGCGCACUUUGAUGAAGCUGGAUGAAAAGUUUGAACUGUUUCGGAGUCAUCUGAGUCAGGAUUGCCCAGAAUGCUUUCAGAGUCUGUCUGAAGUUCCUUCAAUGCUGGAUAUGUUUAUGAAGAUGAAGGAAUUUUUCAAGAGUCAUAAAAUUGCUGAUUACCCAGAAUGCAUUGAGAGAGAGCCGGAGGAUCCUGAGGUCCUGUACAUAGUUGAGAAGUUGCUGGAGACCUGUGGCAAUGAGAGGUCUUUGAAGAUCACAGUCCACAUCCUGAGGAACAUUAAGCAGAAGGAUCUUGCCGACUCGCUGGAGAGAGAUGAGCAGCACAAUGAAUUCAUAAAAAGAGCCCAGCCGGCACUGAAAACUCAUCUGAAGAGGAAGUUUAAAUGCAUUUCCGAAGGUUUAGCAAAGCACGGCCACUUCAUCCACCUGAAUAAGGUCUAUACAGAGCUCUACAUCACAGAGGGGGGAAGUGGGGGGGUCAAUAAUGAACAUGAGAUCAGACAGAUUGAGAUAGCAUCCAAGAGACAAACCACACAGGAGACUGCAAUCCUCUGCAAUGACAUCUUUAAACCUUUACCUGGACAAGAGAAACCCAGAACUGUGCUUACAAAGGGCAUCGCUGGCAUUGGGAAAACAGUCUCUGUGCAGAAAUUCAUUCUGGACUGGGCAGAAGGAAAAGCCAAUCAGGACGUUGAUUUCAUCUUCACUCUUCCUUUCCGGGAUCUGAAUUUGAAGAAGGAAAGUGAAUUCAGUCUGAUGCAACUUCUGCAGCACUACUUUCCACAACUGAAAGAUAUCAAAAGUUUUGAAGGCGAUGAAGUCAAAGUUGUGUUUAUCUUUGAUGGCCUUGAUGAAUGUCGACUUCCUCUAGAUUUCCAAAGCAAUAAGAUCUUCUGUGAUAUAACAGAGUCAUCAUCAGUGGAUGUGCUGCUGACCAACCUCAUUAAGGGGAAUCUGCUUCCCUCUGCUCUCAUCUGGAUCACCUCCCGACCAGCAGCAGCCAAUCAGAUACCUCCUGAGUGCGUCCACCGAGUGACAGAGGUACGAGGGUUCAAUGACCCCCAAAAGGAGGAAUACUUCAGGAAGAAAAUCAGAGAUCAGCACCAGGCCAACAGAAUUAUCUCACACAUAAAGUCAUCUAGGAGCCUCUACAUCAUGUGUCACAUACCAGUCUUCUGCUGGAUUUCUGCUACUGUUCUGGAGACAAUGUUGGGUAAAGUAGAGAGUGGAGAUCUGCCCAAUACUCUUACUGCGAUGUACACACACUUCCUGCUUAUUCAGACUAAUAUGAAGAAUCAAAAGUAUCAUGGUGCUGAUGAAACUAACCCAAAGAAACUGUCAGCAUCAGAUACAGAAAUCAUCUUAAAACUGGGGCAGCUGGCUUUUACACAGCUGGAAAAGGGCAAUCUGAUAUUCUAUGAAGACGACCUGAGAAAGAGUGGCAUUGAUGUCAGUGAAGCUUCACUGUAUUCUGGGGUGUGCACAGAGAUCUUUAAAGAGGAGUGUGGGUUGGGUCAGGAGAAGGUCUACUGCUUUGUGCAUCUGAGCAUUCAGGAGUAUCUUGCUGCCUUGUUUGUGUUUCAUUCGUGUGUAAAUGAGAACAGAAAUGUACUCAGAGCAGAAGAGUCAAAACCUCGCAGUGACAGUGUGCAGCUGUCUGAGUUAGAGAGGAGUGCUGUGGAUCAGGCCUUAGAGAGUAUGAAUGGACACCUGGACCUUUUCCUCCGAUUCCUUCUUGGCCUCUCUCUGGAGUCCAUUCAGACUCUCUUAGAAGGAUUACUGAUGCAGACAGGAAGCAGAUCACCUGUACCAUACCUACAAGCACAGACAGAAAGCAGAUCAGAGAGCAUUGAGAAAACAGUCCAGUACAUUAAGAAGAGGAUCCGAGAGGAAUCUUCAGCAGAGAGGAUCAUCAAUCUGUUCCACUGUCUACAUGAGCUAAAUGAAAAAACUCUAGUGGAGGAAAUCCAGAAUUCACAGAGAUCAGGAAAACUCUCAGAUAAAAAGCUGGAACCAGACCAGUGUUCAGCUCUGGCCUUUGUGUUACUGAUGUCAGAGGAGUUCCUGGCUGAGUUUGACUUAAAGGCCUACAAAACAUCAUCAGUAGGUUAUCAGAGACUGGUACCAGUAGUCAAGAACUGCAGGAAGGCCAUACUGAACAGCUGUGACCUCACAGAGAAGUCAUGUGAAAUUGUGGCCUCAGCUCUCCAGUCAUCAAACUCACCCCUGAGAGAUCUGGACCUCAGCUACACUAACCUGGGAGAUUCAGGAGUGAAGCUGCUCUGUGCUGGACUGAUGAGUCCAAACUGUAAACUACAGAGGCUGGGGCUGGGUUGGUGUAAUCUCACAGAGGGCUGCUGUGAUGUUCUGGCCUCAGUCCUGCGUUCUCCUCACUCAGAGCUGAGAGAGCUAGAGCUCAGAGACAACGAGCUGCAGGAUUCAGGAGUGAGAGCGCUCUCUGCUGGUAUGGAGGACUCACACUGUAAACUGCAGAGACUGGGGGUGUCAGGCUGUAGAGUCACACAGAGAGGCUGUGAUUCUCUGGCUUCUGCUAUGUGUUCCAACCCUUCGCAUCUGAGAGAGCUGGACCUGAGAUACAAUCACCCAGGAGACUCAGGAGUGGAGGCGCUGUCUGCUGCUAAACUGGACACACUCACACUUCUUGUGGACCAUGGAGGAGAGAACAGGACCAAACCAGGACCCAGAAAAUACGGCUGUCAGCUCACACUGGAUCCAAACACAGCGCACAGAUACCUGUUUCUGUCUGAGGGGAACAGGAAGGUGACACACACACCGGGGAGAGAGAAGCAGCCAUGUCCUGAUCUUCUGGAGGGACAUGAGUUCUGGCUCCAAGUUGUGUGCAGAGAGAGUGUGUGUGAGCGCUGUUACUGGGAGGCUGAGUGGAGUGUGUCUGAGUGGGGAGAGGUUUCUAUAGCAGUGACAGGUAAAGUAGAGGCUUCUCACUGUGAGUUUGGACAGAAUAAAAACUCCUGGAGUCUGAAGUGCGUUAAACACAAUUACUCUGAUGAACUCAGUUGCUCUGUCUGGCACAAUGAGAACCGAACAGACAUACCUGCCCUCACCUCCUCCUACCGCAGAGCAGCAGUGGUGUUGGGUAAAAGUGUGUGUGUGUACAGGGUAGGAGUGUGUGUGGACCGUCCAGCCGGCACUCUGUCCUUCUACAGCGUCUCUGACACACUGAGCCUCCUGCACAGAUUCCACACACACUUCACUGAACACACACCCCUCUGUGCUGGAUUUAGUGUGUGUAACUCCUCAGUGUCCCUCUGCUAA